GUAGAGCCUUCUUUCAUUCUGUUUCUCUGUUAGCAUCGAUCCAAUAUUCCCUCCACUCUUCAAAAAAAAAAAAAAAACCUCAUCAAUGGAAAAUUCUGAGCAAUCUCAUACUUUCCGGCUCGAAGACCGCCGAGCCAAUGCCCUCGGCAACCUCAAAUCCCUUCCCGACGAACUCAUCUGCACCAUCUUAGAUUACCUUACUCCUCGAGACAUCGCUCGUCUUGCUUGCGUUAGCAGUGUUAUGUAUAUAUUCUGCAAUGAAGAGCCCCUUUGGAUGAGUCUUUGCCUCAAGAAAGUCAACGGUCCACUUCAAUACAAAGGCUCCUGGAAGAAGACAGUAUUGCAUUUAGAGAAUUUGCCGAAUGAAUUUAUAGAAUAUUGCAGAAAACCAUUGCAGUUUGAUGGAUUUAGCUCUUUAUUCUUAUACAGAAGAUUAUAUCGAUGCCAUACUACAUUAGAUGGGUUUUCUUUUGAUGAUGGAAAUGUCGAAAGACAGAAAGACCUAUCGGCAGAACAGUUUCGUCGUGAAUAUGAUGGGAAUAAACCGGUUUUGCUCAAUGGAUUAGCUGAUACUUGGCCUGCUAGGAAUACUUGGACAAUAGACCAGCUACUGCUGAAAUAUGGAGAUACAGCAUUCAAGAUUUCUCAAAGAACCCCUGGAAAAGUUUCAAUGAAAUUCAAGGAUUACGUAUCAUACAUGAAAGUACAGCAUGAUGAGGAUCCUCUCUAUAUAUUUGAUGAUAAGUUUGGGGAAGCUGCACCAGGCUUGUUGAAGGAUUACAAUGUGCCCAAAAUAUUUCGAGAAGACUUUUUUGAUGUUUUAGAAAGAGAUAGUCAACCGCCAUUCAGAUGGCUUAUCAUUGGGCCAGAGAGGUCUGGUGCCUCUUGGCAUGUUGAUCCAGCACUUACCAGUGCCUGGAAUACUCUUCUGUGUGGCCGUAAAAGGUGGGCAUUGUAUCCUCCUGGGAGAGUACCUUUGGGUGUCACGGUGCAUGUAAAUGACGAAGAUGGUGAUGUUAACAUUGAUACUCCAUCCUCACUGCAGUGGUGGCUUGAUUUUUAUCCACUUCUUGCUGAUGAAGACAAGCCAAUUGAGUGUACCCAACUACCUGGGGAGACAAUUUUUGUUCCAAGUGGAUGGUGGCACUGUGUCCUGAAUCUGGAAACAACUGUUGCUGUGACACAAAAUUUUGUAAAUUCCAAAAAUUUUGAAUUUGUAUGUCUAGAUAUGGCACCUGGUUACUGCCAUAAAGGAGUUUGCCGUGCUGGAUUGCUUGCUCUUGAUGAAGACAGUCUAGAGAACAUCGAAACGAACAUGUCCUUUGACAAAGACAAUUUUAGUUACUCAGACCUAACGAGGAAAGAGAAGAGGGUCAGAACUCUAAGAUCUCAAUUCAGUGAGAAUCACAAAGGAAUUACUAAUAGAGCCCAUAAAAGCUAUAAUCUAUGGAAACAAGAUUUUUCUUAUGAUAUAAAUUUCUUGGCCAUGUUUCUGGAUCGAGAGAGGGACCACUAUACUUCUCCAUGGAGCUCAGGCAACUGCAUAGGACCGCGAGAAAUGAGGGAAUGGCUUUCAAAGCUUUGGGUUGGAAAACCAGGAAUGAGAGAGCUGAUUUGGAAGGGAGCAUGUCUUGCAGUAAAUGCCGACAAAUGGCUGGAAUGCUUGGGGAAAAUCUGUUUCUUUCACAAUUUGCCUUUUCCCAACGAUAAUGAGAAGCUUCCUGUAGGAACAGGCAGCAAUCCUGUCUAUGUGAUGCAUGAAUAUGUGGUCAAAAUCUUUGUUGAAGGAGGGCUGGAAUCUUCAAUAUAUGGUUUAGGCGCUGAGCUUGAAUUCUACAGUGCUCUUUGUGAAGUCAACUCACCUCUGAAAAACCACAUUCCUAAUGUAUUGGCUAGUGGGAUUCUGCAUUUGGAAAAUGGAUCUUGCAAAAUUGACUGUUGGGAUGGUAAAGAAGUGCCUGGUGUGAUUGGAAAGUGCAAUUUGAUUCCAGAGAAGGACACAUGUGAUGUUUUCCCUUUUGGUGUAUGGAGCAAGAAACUGUUUGAAUACAGAAAAGCUGGAUCACUAGCAUGUGGAGCAGAUAGUUUAGCUGGAUCUACAAGUGUUUGGCCUUACCUUAUAACAAAGCGUUGCAAAGGAAAGAUAUUUGCUCAAUUAAGAGAUGUACUAUCAUGGGAAGAUGUGCUUAACUUAGCUUCCUUUUUAGGAGAGCAGCUACGAAAUCUUCAUCUUUUGCCCUAUCCUUCUUUGAGCAUUUCAAAUCUUUCAGAUGUUGAGAAGAAAAGGGAUCUGCCUUUUGCCAAUGGCAUGGACAUGGAGUAUGUUUCCAACAAAUCAGAUAUUCCAGUUGAAUGGCAAAUCUUUGCAAGAACUCUAAGUCGGAAGAAGAAGGAUGUUUCCAUCCGCUUGAAUAAAUGGGGGAAUCCUAUUCGUAAGAUGUUGAUAGAGAAAGUUGAGGAAUACCUUCCAGAUGAUUUUCUGAAGCUGCUUUCUGUAUAUGAGGAGAAUGGCAUGAAAAGGAUUCGUAAGCCUUUGUCCUGGAUACACUCAGAUAUUAUGGAUGACAAUAUUUACAUGGAACCAAGCUUUAUGUCUUGCUCAAAUGGAAUCGCUGCCCAGACUAAUAAUGGUUCAUUAAAUGGGCAUAAUAAUGGUGGAGAAGAAAAAUCUUGGCACCCUAAUUACAUCCUCGAUUUCAGUGAUCUUUCUAUAGGUGACCCCAUUUAUGACUUGAUACCUGUACAUUUAGAUGUCUUUAGAGGUGAUUCCUGUCUCCUUAAGCAUUUUCUACAAAGCUAUAAACUUCCUUUGAUGAGAAAAACAUCAGAGAAUGGAUCAGUGACUGGUUGUGAUAAGUUUGGACGGCUUUCGUACCAUGCCAUGUGCUACUGUAUCUUACACGAAGAGAAUAUAUUGGGUGCUAUUUUUAGUACAUGGAAGGAGCUUAGAACAGCGGAGUCAUGGGAAGAAGUUGAGCAGACGGUAUGGGGAGAAUUAAAUAACUAUGAAGGUUUUGCCUGAUUAUUCUUUGCGUAUAAAUCAUUCAUUUCAAUCUCUGAAGUACUUAAUUGAGCUCCCUGCUGGCCAUAUGACAAUUCCAGAUGAGCUUUACUAACAAUCACUUACUGCAAACAGAGCAUUUGAUUCAGGAUUGGAAUUAUUCGAUUGUCUUUUCAUUUCCGUAAAUUUGAUUGUUUGCAUUUGACUAAUAAAGUUGGAAUUGUAAGGGGAAAAAGAAAAGAAUACAGAACCCAUGUUCUAUUUUCUUGUUCUUUUUUGUUACAUUGGAAAUAAUAACCCAGGUUGGGAAAAGUUGGCUUUGUUGACAACUUCCUUGUAAAGUUGUAAGUAAACAUUAUCUUAUGUACCAACAUAAAAAAGUUGACUCAUUUUGACAAUCAACUAUGAGUCAAUUGUUACGA